AGCCAGGCAGUCGUCGACACCCUCCUGCCCAGCUCUGAACGGUUGCGAGAGCUUAGAGACGACUUUCCCAUAAUAGCGCAGAGGAAAGGGUGGGCUAUCCAUUCCUUUCAAGAGCAACAUGUUGUGCGUUUGCUUGGUAAAAAGGUUGUAGAAGAUACAUCAUCCUCUCUCCACUCGCCGAUUGAAAUCACCCAACACAUCGCAAACGAUCACAUGGACAUGUGCCGAUUCUCAGGGCUCCUCGAUGUGGAGUAUCGGAAAGUCGCAGCGGCCCUACAACGCCUCGUCCAGUGUGCCGGGGCAGCAGAAAGGGCGCAGUGCGGAGUGCUAGGUCCAGCACUGCCAGGCACCCACGCCCAGAAAUGCAAAGAUGCUCUUGAAUCCCUAGCCUUUGAGCAUAUGGGUGAUCGCCAGAUGGGCAUCAAGCGCGCUCAUCGGAAAACCUGCAAGUGGUUUCUCACUGUACCGGAAUACAUCGACUGGCAGGGCGAAGCGAAGAUGACCGAGAGCAACGGGGUGCUCUGGAUCAAGGGAAAGGCCGGCACCGGGAAAUCGACCCUCAUGAAAUACCUGCUCGAGGGAGCGAAGAAAGGACUGGGUGGAAGCAGAGUUGUGUCCUUCUUCUUCCACGCUCGCGGUGACGAACUAGAGAAGUCAACGGUCGGCAUGUAUCGCCACCUCAUCAUCCAGAUACUCCAGGAGAUGAACGAGAACGAUCUCGCAGUCAUCUGGAAACGCUUCAUCGAGGAUUCUGGGCUCGGAGACCCGGCCGCAUCCCCACACUGGACAGUUGAUCUCCUAAAAGAUCUUUUCCGAGCGGCCGUCCUCGCCCCCGGCCAUCGGCUAACUUGCUUUGUCGAUGCGCUCGACGAGUGCGACGAAAGCGAGAUUAGAGAUAUGUUAGGCUUCUUCGCCGAGCUCGGAGAGUUGUCACUGUCGCAGGGAGCUCCCUUCCGGGCCUGCUUCUCAAGUCGGCACUACCCACACAUCACAGUCGAUAAGUGCCUCGAACUCAACCUCGACGUUCAAAGCGGACACGAGCGCGAUAUCGUCAGCUACCUCGAGAGCGACCUCAAUAUUGGGAAAAACAAGACCGCGAAAGAAGUCCGAGCCGAAAUGCUGAAGAGCGCAUCGGGAAUCUUCAUGUGGGCGGUGCUUGUCACGCAGAUCCUGAACCGGGAAUUCGAUCGCGGAAAUAUCCAUGCCCUCAAGAAAAAGCUCAAGGAGAUCCCCAAGGACCUACACACCCUGUUCGAGAGCAUUCUUACCCGAGAUGAGGACAACAAGGCCCAGCUUUUGCUGUGCAUCCAGUGGACACUCUACGCGAGGCGGCCACUAGCCCCUGAGGAGCUCUACUUUGCCAUAGUGCCGUAUGACUCGGAGCCUGGUGAGGUCGCUAUCCGCCACCAGCCUUGGGACUCGGAAGAGAUCACUCGAGACCAUAUGCAGAGGUUCAUCGUCAGCUCCUCAAAGGGCCUUGUCGAGGUCACGUCGACGAAGAAGUCGACCGUGCAAUUCAUCCACGAGUCCAUCCGCGACUACCUCUUCAAGGGGGGCUUGGAAAAGGUCUGGUCAGAUCUCAAGGGAGACUUUGGCUCGAUCAGCCACGACGCUCUCAAGGACGGCUGCCUCAGCUACAUUCGACAGGGAACAUUUGACGUCGUGCCAGAAAGCUCAUCAGCUGUGCAUCCAGACGCUCUGUCUACUGCGCUUGAUACCCCUUUCGACCUCGAGGCCCUGCCCGAUGCCCCCCUCGACACCGGCCCUGGCCCGGGACCCCUCGCCAAGACUGAGAACGGAGCCGAAAAAUCAAAAGACGCCCGGGCUCGCGGGCGUCGGCUAUGCAGAACAUUCCCGUUCCUUCAAUACGCGCUGCAAAACGUCAUAUAUCACUCCGACCGUGCGCAGCAGGGCGGUAUAUGCCAGCUCCAAUUCCUCCAAGACUUCCCCAAGCAUCGAUGGGUCGAGCUGGACAACGCAAUUGCGAUAACGUGUCCUUGA